CGUAAGACAGUAGGAGAGUUUUCAUUGGAGAAUGAAAGUACAUAGACAACUUGGUUUAUGAAAUUGUGAAGUGUUUAUAAUUGUAAUGAUCUUAGGCAAUGGUUUAUUUAUGAAGUUGUUGAAUGCUACUUUGACACUGAUCAUAUUUGGUAAAAUUGCAUGUGGGAGCGUUUAUUGGAAAAAAAGGUAUUAAACUUUGGGCAACAGACAAUCAUGUAAGGAGAUAAAGUGAUAAACAGCUAUAAGCCAAGGAAACAGUUGUCUUUUAUUCAAGAACAAUGGAUGAUCAAACUGAAAAUCUUGUUGUUUUGGUACUUCUGGGAAUAUUCAGUGUAACCGGAAGUAUCGGGAAUGCACUGGUAAUAUACAUAUAUUCGAGGAAGCGGGACAUAACAACGUCGUCAUUGUUUAUCUUAACUCUUGCUGGCACUGACUUGUUUACUUGUUUGAUUAUUAUCCCGUACAACAUUGUGGUUCUUUAUCUUAACUAUACACUUUACUACGAAUUACCAUGUAAACUAUAUAUGUUUUUGAUUACGUGUAAUGUCCCGUUUUCUGCAUUUGUCAUGGUCGCCAUCGCAUUCGACCGAUAUUUCUGUAUUUGCCAUCCAUUUUUACACGCAAUUACAAUUCCAAGGGCUAAAAUAAUCGUCAUGAUUAUGGGAGUGUUUGCUUGUAUAUUAGGAAUAAUGACAUCCUUAACUCAUGGAAUAUUCUCUAUCAUAGAUCCACCAUCGUUAAAUAUAACUUUAAAUGACGUCAUUAAUUCUACAAUGUCGUCCUACAUAUCAAAUAAUGUAAAUGACACAAUAUUAGGUAAUAGUUCCGUUACUCCUUCAUUAUCAACAGUAACCACUGGUAUAAACGAAACUGUCAGUCCGGAAGCGGAUGUACCUGAAGGUUAUGGUCCUGGGAUGUGCGCGCCAAGUACCGAAAUAUUCAACAGCACUGUCACGUAUAUUUACCAAAAGAUUUAUGCUGGAUUUUAUCUGAUAUCUUUUCUUAUUGUUCUUAUUUUGUACGGAUUAAUAUAUCGAUCGAUUCAUAUUCGACGUGCAUUGAAGGCAAAACGAAAACGAUCAAGUUUGUUUCCCGCUUCUCCGAAUGAAUAUUCUGCCGUUGAUACACAGAUGACAGUUUUAAACAAUGGCCACGAGAUCGAUGGAAAAGAUGCAGAUGGUCAGAAAAAGUUUAGAAAAAAAAGUCUGGGCUUGAAAGAAAAAGUGUUUUAUGCCAACAUACGAACUGCCGCCAUGUUGUUUAUUGUAACCAUAGUGUUUUUGAUUGCCUUUUUGCCCUCGUGGUUGAUGGCACAUGACCUUGUGCCGUUUAGUAAGAUCUUAUUUUACAUGUAUUUUAUUUACAAUGUUGCCAAUCCUAUUAUAUACGCCUUCAUGAAUACUUCCUUCAGAGACGAUCUACAGGCUGUCUUUAAAAGAAUUUGUAACAGUAAAUAGGAUCAACUGUCACUGGUAUAGCAUGAAUUAUAUUAUAUCAUACGAUAAUUCAAGAGGCAUUCCGGAUCUUCUGUCACUGGCAUAUCAUGAAUAAUGUUAUAUUAUACUAUCAUUCCAGAGGCAUUCCGGAUCUACUAUAACUGACAUAUCAUGAAUUAUUUUAUACGAUCAUUCCAAAGGUAUUCCGGAUCUACUUUGCUCAAGGUUUUAUAUCAUCAUUAAGACGAUUGAUUUAAAAACAAUGUCUGAAAGAAAAUCUACGAAAUGAAUUUUCACUUUGCCAUGAUAGAUAAAGGACACAACAGAUCAGCAAAUUGAUGUAUUGUAUUAGUAUUUAUUUGCUCUUUAUACACGUGUCUUACAAACGUUAUGUAUGUAUCCACUUUCUUUAAUAUUCUAGAGUGUGGUUGUAAUUGUCUACAAAUAUAUUGAAGCAAUUUGAUUUGCAAUUUAAACAUAAGCAAUAAGUUAAUUAUGUGUGUUCAACAAUCUUUUUUUUGUUUUUGUGCUAUACUUCCUUACGACCCAUUAAAAUAAAUACAAUUUACGAGACAAAAAGAUAUCAAAUUAAAGCAGGGACACUUAUAUUGAUAU